AUGGAUGUAGACGCCAAGUACCGCCAGGCCUCCCUCUAUGUGGGUGACCUCCCUCCAGAUGUCACCGAGAACAUGCUGUUCAUGAAGUUCAGCACCGUGGGAACCGUGCUGUCCAUCCGCAUCUGCAGGGACCUGGCCACCCGCUGCUCCCUGGGCUAUGCAUAUGUGAACUUCCUGCAUGUGGCUGAUGCCCAGAGGGCCCUGGACACCAUGAACUUCGACGUGAUACAAGGCAAACCCAUCAGGCUCAUGUGGUCUCAACGUGACGCCUACUUAAGGAAAUCUGGAAUCGGGAACGUGUUCAUCAAGAAUCUGGACAAAUCCAUUGAUAACAAAACGCUUUAUGAACAUUUUUCAGUGUUUGGGAAGAUCCUGUCCUCUAAGGUGAUGUGUGAUGAUCAGGGCUCCAUGGGCUAUGGAUUUGUGCACUUUCAGAACCAGGCUGCGGCAGACAGGGCCAUUGACGAGAUGAAUGGGAGGCUGCUUAAGGACUGUAGGCUCUUCGUUGGCCCAUUUAAAAACCGCAAAGAUCGGGAAGCUGAGCUCCAAAAUAAAGCCAAUGAAUUCACCAAUAUCUACAUCAAGAACUUUGGAGAUGAGAUGAAUGAUGAGAAACUGAAGGAAUUUUUCAGCCAUUAUGGCAAAAUCGUGAGUGUUAAGGUGAUGACAGAUUCCAGUGGGAAAUCCAAAGGCUUUGGCUUUGUGAGUUUCGAUACCCAUGAGGCUGCCAAAAGGGCUGUGGACAUAGUGAAUGGGAGGGAAUUAUUCGGACAGCAGGUAUUUGUAGGCCGGGCACAAAAGAAAGCAGAGCGACAAGCUGAGUUAAAGCAAUUGUUUGAGCAGCGGAAACAGGAAAGAUUUUGGCGGUUCAGGGGGUUGAAGCUCUAUGUUAAGAACCUCGAUGAGACCAUUGAUGAAGAAAAACUACGGAAAGAAUUUUCUUCUUUUGGAUCAGUUAUCAGAGUUAAGAUAAUGCAGGAACAAGGACGAAGCAGAGGGUUUGGCUUGAUCUGCUUCUCCUCUCCAGAGGAGGCUGCUAGAGCAAUGGCUGAGAUGAAUGGGCGCAUGUUGGGCUCCAAGCCAAUUAACAUCGCCCUGGCCCAGAGGGCCUAG